AUGCCUAGUGGUGAUAGCCCUCCACCCUCAAGUCGAAAAGAUGAAGAUAGAUUUGAUGAUGGAACGCUAAUAUUCAACCGUCAUCUCCGCCCUCGAAAGCUCUGCGUGGUACGCGAUAACGAUUGCUCCUCUCAAUCAACCCCAGUCGACUUUGAUGUGGUGAACUCGAAUGAGUAUAACGCAAAUAACUCAACCGAUGAGAAGGGUGAAUACGUUUUUGUGUCUUAUACUCGGGACCAAUUUUGCACUUAUACUCGGGAACGCCUGAAAAAAUGGGAGCUACCGGCCACAGAAGAGGAACAGGAGGAUCGCCAGCGACUGGUCCAAAUCGGUAUCCGAGCUGCACUUGAUGCUGGCGUAAAGGCAUUCUGGAUCGAUGUCUUCUGCAUGGACGAUGGCAGCCCCAGUACAAUGGACUCUCACCGCAUCUGUGACGUUGCGCGAGGUGCCAAGAGUAUGGUGAUUGCUCUUCAGGAUACGAUAAAGACCCGAGCAUUGGGUCUACCCACUCAGGAGAUGGAUAAGUUGCUACAAAGCUGGUCAUCUCGGCUCUGGACACUACCAGAAAUGCUGUUGGCUCCCACCAGGCAUGACUUGAAGAUUUAUCUCCUCAAGAAUGGGGUGUAUUACUUUGACACUAUACCAAAGAGGAACAUGGCUGCAAGAGCAUAUCCCGAGGACGGAGCCUUAAUCCGCCAGCUAGUCGACCAUUUCGAAGCCAGUCAGCAGCUAACGCUCACCGAGCUUCUCACUAUUGGGCUUGAGUGUCUGAUUAAUCGCGAAACCUAUAAACACAUGGAAGCAGACCGGAUCUAUGCUUUGAUGACAAUGGUGAGAAGGCGGCCCGUGCCUGACGAGAACGAUACCCUCUUUGACGCCUUCGCGAAGCUUUCCCUCCUUAAUGAUUCUAACUCCCUCCUUGAACGGCUGAUCUGCACCCUCCCAGAGAGUAGAGGCAAACCGUGGUAUGUGAUGGAAGAUUUCUGGGGCGUCAAGCUAUGGGACAUCGAGCCCACCGUACAGGUGGCUGCCAUCGCCUCGAACGAGACCGUUAUAUUAGAUGGUGCCUUUGGCGCCACGAUCAACUGGGGCGAGUUGACGCAAGUGGGCUUCGAAAAGCGUGAGACGAUCUGGCGUAUGAUCGGCUCAUUCAUCGUUCGCUUCGCCCCAGGUUGGCUGAUCAUAGCCAUCAUCACACUCGUAAGCUUCUCAACGCCGUUCCCAACAGGCUACAAUUCGAGGACUGGUAAAAUAGAGUAUCAGCCAAAUCCACUAGUGGCCGUCGGCAUUGUCUUUUUCCUAAUUGCAUUCUCCACCGUCGCCUCCCUCCCACAUGUUAUGAUGUCGUUAUAUAGUGGCAAGUUUUGGUCGACACAAGCAUUGCUGUUUGGUCUUGAGGGCCAAGCUGACCUCGAGUGGCUUGAACUUCGGCUCUUCGGCUUUACCCAAGGCCGGCUACAAUGGAGUACAUGGGGCAGCACGCAGUCACUUCACGACUUCAAGCCAACCACAGAUGAUACUAAGUGGAUCGAAGAUGAGGUUGAACCACUGAAGCCUAAGGAUGCAGUCCUUGGAAAUUCUAAUCCUGACGGUACGGAUAGAGACCGAAUUUUCACCAUCGUUGAUACGUACUCGAUGACUGCAUCGCUCAUCCGGUCUGUUCACCCCCCAACAACUGCAUUGGUUUGCGGUCAAGAAGGCGGCAUGAGACGAGUUCUACUCUGCUCCUACGACUACAGUACGCAGACCUUUCACAGGGAGACGGUAAUCAGAAUGCCGACCAAGGUACUAGAUAGGAUGGACCGUGUCGAUAAGUUUCGAUUUUCAAUGACGAGCAUGCCCCUGCGUGAUGGCCAGGGCAACACCAGGCAUGGUAACACCGCUAAGUAG